AUGUCCUUGAAAACAUUAGCAACCUCUCCACUUUCGGGGAUCACUGUUUUGGUCGUUUUGCUCGCUUUCCUUCUCAGAUUUUACAUCAAAUUCGACACUGCUGAGAGAUUGUUCAGUGAUGAAGAGCUUGCACUGUUCAACGGAACUGACGAGGGGUUGCCAAUCCUCCUAGGAAUUCUUGGAUCUGUGUUUGAUGUAACCAAGGGAAAAUCUCAUUAUGGGUCAGGAGGUGGCUACAAUCAUUUUGCUGGAAGGGAUGCUUCUCGUGCAUUUGUCUCUGGAAAUUUCACAGGAGAUGGUCUCACUGACUCUUUGCGCGGUCUAUCUAGCACCGAGGUGAAGAGUAUUGUUGAAUGGAGGGAUUUCUACCAUAAAUCUUAUAAGUAUGUUGGCAAGCUAGUAGGCCGAUACUAUGAUAGCCAAGGGAAUCCUUCUAAAUAUUUGAAAGCGGUAGAAGCUAAGGCUGCGAGAGGUGCACAGCUUCUAGAAAAGCAGAAGAUUGAAGAGGCUAAACAACCUUCAUGCAAUUCAAGAUGGAGUCAAGACGAGGGUGGUGAGGUAUGGUGUGAUGUUGGUUACCCUAGAUUGGUUGAGAGACCACUAGAGAUUGCUUUGGCAGGGAAGAUGAGCAAGCGUUGUGCAUGCUUUAAAGAUUCUCAGUUGGACCAGCCUGGUUUAGUGGUUUAUGAAGGUUGUGAAUACCAUGCCACCAGGUGCGAAGUUUAA